UUUAAUUUAGAAAAAAAAGAUAAUAAUAAUCCCCAAAUCGAAGGGAGGCUUCGUCCCUUCUAUAAAGUCGUUCCGACGUUUUCUGCUCGCCGGCGAGUCUCCGCCACCGUCACCACCAGCUCUACUUACAUCUCCGUCAUCCAUCGUCUACGCCUAGAUCCGCGUAGUAUAUGUAUUCGACGAAUCUUUUGUUGCAAUUCGAUUCUUCUUUGACGGGAUUUAUAUUUCAGUGGAUACAAACUAUCAGGAGUGAUGUAUCAGUGGAGGAAAUUCGAUUUCUUCGAGGAGAAGAAAUCGAAAAUUCCGGAGGAGAUAGAGGGCGAAAUCCAGUGCUGUUCCAGCGGUAGAGGCAAGAUCGUUCUUGGUACCCAAGACGGCGGGGUUUCGGUGCUUGAUCGUGGCCUCCAGCUUCAAUACUCCUUCGCUGCUCACUCCUCCUCCGUACUCUUCCUCCAGCAGCUCAAGCAAAGAAACUUUUUAGUGACGGUUGGAGAGGAUGAGCAAAUGCCUCCACAGCAAGCUGCUAUGUGUUUAAAGGUUUUCGAUCUUGAUAAAAAGCUGGAAGAGGGAUCAAGUGCAUCAACCCCAACCCCGGAGUGCGUUCAAAUUUUGAGGAUAUUCACAAACCAAUUUCCUGAAGCAAAGAUCACUUCUUUUUUAGUUUUCGAAGAAGCACCGCCAAUUAUAUUUGUUGCCCUUGGUCUGGAGAAUGGUUGUAUUUAUUGCAUUCAAGGCGACAUUGCCCGGGAGCGUAUCAAGCGCUUCAAGCUUGAGGUUAAUGCCAGUCAGUCUGGAAAAAUGAAUUCAGCAGUUUUGGGUCUUGGUUUCCGGGUGGAUGGUCAAGGAUUUCAACUUUUUUCUGUCACUCCAAGUUCUGUAAGCUUGUUCGAUUUGCGGAGUCAAAUACCUAAGAGGCAAACACUUGAUGAGAUUGGUUCAGAGACUGCUAGUGUAGCCAUGAGUGACCACUCGGAACUGAUCAUUGGUCGACCUGAAGCUGUCUAUUUCUAUGAGGUUGAUGGUCGAGGCCCUUGUUGGGCCUUUGAGGGAUUGAAAAAGCUUCUUGGCUGGUUUCGAGGUUACCUUUUAUGUGUUUCUGCUGAUCAAAGAACUGGGAAGAAUACGUUCAACAUUUAUGACCUGAAGAACCGUUUAAUAGCUCAUAGUAUAGCCGUUAAAGAAGUUUCUCACAUGCUCAGUGAAUGGGGUAAUAUAGUCCUCAUAAUGGCAGACAAGACUGUCCUUUUGGUUGUGGAGAAGGAUAUGGAAAGCAAGUUAGAUAUGCUUUUCAAGAAAAAUCUAUAUACAGUGGCUAUUAAUAUUGUCCAGAGCCAGAAAGCUGAUGCUGCGGCCAUUGCUGAUGUUCUACGGAAAUACGGCGAUCAUUUAUACAGCAAGCAAGAGUAUGAUGAAGCGAUGGCUCAGUAUAUCCAUACCAUUGGGCAUCUGGAACCUUCAUAUGUCAUACAGAAGUUUUUGGAUGCACAGAGAAUCUACAACUUAACAAAUUACCUCGAAAAUUUACAUGAGAAGGGGCUUGCAUCCAAAGAUCACACCACUCUUUUGCUGAACUGUUACACGAAGCAAAAAGAUGUAGAAAAGUUGAAUUUGUUCAUUAAAAAUGAGGAUGGGGUUGGGGAACUGAAAUUCGAUGUGGAAACUGCAAUUAGGGUAUGUAGAGCUGCCAAUUACCAUGAGCAUGCAAUGUAUGUUGCCAAGAAGUCUGGGAGACACGAAUUGCACUUGAAGAUUUUGCUCGAGGACUUAGGUAUGUAUGAUGAAGCACUACACUAUAUUAACGGUCUUGAGCCAAGUCAAGCUGGGGCAACUGUUAAAGAGUAUGGGAAAAUCCUUAUAGAGCACAAGCCCAAGGAAACAAUUCAAAUACUGAUGAGACUUUGUACUGAAGGAGAACAGUCCAGGAGAGGAUCCUUUUUAUCCAUGCUACCGUCUCCUGUCGAUUUUCUCAAUAUUUUUGUGCAUCAUCCACAGUGGCUUCUGGAGUUUCUCGAACAAUACAUUGAGAAAGUGAAGGAUUCACCUGCUCAAGUCGAAAUCAAUAACACACUAUUAGAGUUGUACCUCUCUCACAACCUAGAAUUUCCUUCUCUUUCACAAACUGGAAACAUUGAAAAUGGUGGUGCUAGGACAGAUAGAUCAUCCCAUACUGCUGCAUUGGCCAGACCAGAAUCUAAUGGAAAAGUAACUUCUGACGAAACAAAUGAGGAGAAACAUCGCCAGGAGAGACGUCGAAAGGGGCUACUCUUGCUUGAAGGUGCAUGGCCUUCUGAUCAGGAGCAGCCGUUGUACGAUGUUGAUCUUGCCAUAAUUUUGUGUGAAAUGAACUCUUUUAAUGAAGGGCUCUUGUUUUUGUACGAGAAGUUGAAGCUGUACAAGGAUGUGAUUGCUUGCUAUAUGCAUGCACAUGACCAUGAGGGUUUAAUUGCAUGCUGCAAGAGACUUGGGGAUUCGGGGAAAGGUGGGGACCCUACACUUUGGGCAGAUCUAUUGAAGUACUUUGGUGAACUCGGAGAAGAUUGCUCCAAAGAAGUUAAAGAAGUUUUAACUUACAUAGAGAGGGAUGACAUCUUGCCUCCAAUUAUAGUUCUUCAAAUCUUGUCAAGAAAUCCAUGCCUUACACUUUCGGUAAUUAAAGAUUAUAUAGCCCGGAAGCUGGAACAGGAGUCAAAGCUGAUCGAGUCGGAUCGAUUGGCUAUUGAAAAGUAUCAGGAGGAAACGUCAAACAUGAGAAAAGAAAUCCAAGAUCUUCGAACAAAUGCAAGGAUCUUCCAGCUUAGCAAGUGCACCGCCUGCACAUUUACUCUCGACCUUCCUGCUGUCCACUUCAUGUGCAUGCAUUCGUUCCACCAACGAUGCCUUGGUGACAACGAAAAAGAAUGCCCCGAGUGUGCACCCGAUUACAGAGCAGUACUAGAAAUGAAGAGAAAUCUUGAGCAGAAUUCCAAAAACCAAGACCACUUCUUCCAGAAAGUCAAGAAUUCGAAAGAUGGCUUCUCGGUAGUUGCUGAGUAUUUCGGUAAGGGCAUCAUCAGCAAAACAAAGAAGCCUCCGGAAACUCAGACAACAACCAAUGAUUAUUCCAGCGAAAACUUUUGACGAUAUCCCUCUCAUUUGUCAAAUAUUUCUCUCUUGUGAUGAACAUACAACACAAAUCCGGAGUCACUGCGAGCUCAUUCUUGUUGAAGAGUUCUGUGGAAGGUUCGUCUCUACAGGUUCGUGAUUUCUAUCCGUGUGCUGUAGUUUUCCUUGCUUGAUAUCACGUGUUUAUGUUUAUGUGCUUUCAUUAUUUCUGUUUUCUUUUUGUUUCCGGUAGAAUCAUUCCAACUUUUUGAUUAUUUGCUUGGAUUGUUUUGAGUGAACAUGCAAUGGUUUUCAAUGCGGGUUGAUCGAUCCAUCGACCUGUCUAUUUAUAUGAACUCUGCAUGAAAUCCAAA